CGACUCUAAUGCCAGUUAUUUUGUAAUUAUAAAAGUUAAACCAUUUAUAACAUUAUUAUAUAAUAAACGUUAUAUUUAUUGAAACUUUUUAAACAAUUCCAUAGUAUUAUGGAUUUUAUACUAUUUAAGUGUAUAUUCAAUGAAAAAGUUAUCAAAUGUUAGUCAGCUUUGAAACAAAUAAAGUUUUCAGUACUUUAUUAUCAUUAAUACAAUUGAAAUGCUGUUUGAAAUACUGUGAAUAAUAUUGACAUUCAUUGGUUACUUGGAUUCAAAUUACAGUAAUUGUGUCAACAGUUUAAUAGUUUUGUAUUCAUUGAUGAAAAAUUGCAACAAAUUUUCCAACAAUUUUCUAAAAUACUCUCUGAAUGCAAGUAUAUAUCAAUUAAUUUAUUGAAACCAUUCAUAAAACAUAUCUCAGUCUCGUUUAAAUCAAAUCUUAUUAUUUAUAAAAUUGUCGAUUCAUUGAAACCGUUCAUCAAUUGUCUGUCAUUAUUGUCAUUAAAUAUAUAAUAAAUAAAAUUAAUUUUAUAAAAUGAAAACAUUAUUAUAAAACUAGAAAAUUGUUUUAAUUAUCAAAUAAGAGCAGACAGUAGUAUAUGAUAUGAAAUUAUAAAGUUUUUUAAGUGCUUUUCAACGACUAAUCAAAAGAAAGUAUUGUUUUAUUACAAAUUGUUAGCAAAUAUUGAAGAAAACAAUCGAAACAAUGGAAGACUCGUUGAGUUCAUCGAUUGAAAGGGAAUUAUUGACUCUUCAGAUGCUUAACGACAAUCUCUUUGACGAAGACGAAGACCAGACAUCACUGGACUCAGGGUUUGCUCAUUGGGAUGAUCUGUCAGACCUGGAGAACAACUUUCUCGACAAGAAUUUCAUCGACUAUUUCAGUCAAACCUCAAGCAAUAGCGGAUCUUUCAUCGACACAACCGAUGCUUUUAGCGGUGCUUCGGCUGAAGAUCUGUUGCGCUCAAUAUCAUCGCCAUCUCCAUUGAGUUCAUGGGAGUCAUUAUCGCCGAUGUCUUCUCCGAACGCAUCCGACUGUGACUUACAAAUGACACCAAAGAACGACUUUGUUGUACUCGGAGUCGGAUUAGACACUCUGACCUCUGAUGACGGAUGUGUUGUGUCCAUAGACAACAACUUUGAGAACUUUUCCGACAAUUUCAACACAAAUGCAAACAAUUACUGUCCGAACACGAAAUUACCGCCGAUUAACACACAAUUCGCGUCAAACUUCUUAAACAGUUUUCAUCAGAAUUGCAAUCAAUUAUUUGCAAACAAUUCUAACAAUUUAUACAAAGAUUUGCCGCUAAUGUCGGCACUGGUAGGUCAGACCACACCUUCCAAAAAAACACCGACAAAGAGACAGCGCAAGAGUGUUGUGGCUCAGGAACAGCUGGAAAAGCAGUUUAUUUGCAAUUAUGAAAACUGUAAUAAAGUUUACUCCAAGUCAUCUCAUCUGAAGGCUCAUCUGCGGCGACACACCGGCGAAAAACCAUUUGCAUGUUUGUGGCCGGGAUGUGGUUGGCGUUUCUCCCGUUCCGAUGAACUCUCGCGACACAAACGAUCGCAUACUAACGACAAGCCAUACGAAUGUCCCAUUUGUACCAAACGGUUCUCACGAAGCGAUCAUUUGGCAAAACACUUGAAAGUUCACAGAAAAGAGUUUCCCGAAGGUCUCAACUAUGAUCUACUGUUGCCCCGUCGGGGUCGGGCCGGUCGUAGACCGUAUAAACAGCACAACAACAACAACAACAACUGCUUCAACAUCAAAACCACUUUCAUCCACAACAACAUUCAUUAUCCAUAUCUGGAGUACAAACAAACAAAUUAAUUGUUGGCCAACAAUACCACUAAUUCUUAGCAAUGAUUAUAACAAACAUUAAGAUAUUUAUCGUUAGCUUUAAUUCAAAUCAAUGAAUAACAAGAUAUACUUUUAAUUAUUUUUUUAACUGACAAAAGAUUUUUUAAUUUUCUCUAUUUAUUGAAUUUGACUUAAAAAGAGAGUCAAAUGAUGUUAAAUGUAUUAUAAGUAAGAAAUGUUUGCCUCAUAUAUAGUGAACUUUAUUUUUAUAUAAAAUUUAUAUAAUUA